AUGUUGCAAAGAUUUGACCUUUCAAGUGUUUGGGAAUUGGAAAUAGAAAAAGGGCUCCUUUUUAGCCUCAUUGUUUCCUCGUCAGGAGUUGGGAAGAUGAAGAUUCAAGUAAGGAAAGGGGUGUUUUGUUUUGUGGCUCUUGUUUUGCUUUCAGCUGUGGUAGUGAUAAGCAGGGUGGAGGAAGCAGAAGAGCCUUUGCUGGCUUAUCUAGUAGACUCAGGGCUCAUAAAUCUGGAGAUGGGUGAAUUACUCAGGGAAAAUUGUCUGCCCGAGUUGUUACAAGCUGGGAAAAGUUUACGAGAUCACGAACACCGUUUUGCAGAGAAGUCGAGUAAUAGCAGUGGUAAAUCUUCGAGAAUGCAAAUGCAUCAAGCUGUGAAUAUCCUAUUGCCUCAUGUUCAUCGGAUUCUUAUAGACUGUGCAAGAGGGAAAAUCCGUAAUGUGAGGGAAGAGAAGAAUUUGGGUUCUACGAGACGCAAGCUAGCUCAAACUCCUGGAGAAGCACCCUCUCCAUCGCUAACAAGUCCAGCAGCUCCUAAUCCACCGGGUGAACAAACUUCUACUAGUGGUUUGGACGAACAGUCGAGCAAUAAUAAGUCCCACAAGAAGAGUGUUGUUAUUGCUGUGGUGGUGACAGCUUCCGUGACACUUGUCAUUGUUGCAGUGCUCUUUAUUUUCUGUGGCAGAUGCUGUGGGAUUGGUAUAAAAGAUGAAAGGCAUCUUCUCAGCUUAAGCACAAGUGACUAUUCUAUUUCCUCUUCACAGAAGUCGUUCGGGCUAGGAACUUCAGUGGAUGAACAAAAGCUUGGUAAUGAGUCAGUCAUUAGCAUAUUAAACGGUAACACAACUGGUGGAACCUACUACUAUGGAGAGUCACAUUGUCUAAGCAAUAUCCCAUUGGAAGACAGGAACGGGGUUGUGAUUAGCUUAGUUGGAAACUCUUUCCACGCACCACCUAGAAUGACAGCUUCUCCUCCGUUGAUGCCACAUCCUGGAAGGCGAGAUCCUUCUAAUCCACCUCCAUUCAACAAUGUUGCUCCUGCUCCUCCACCACCCACCGUCACACCAAUGAAAUCUGCUGCUGGACCACGUCCUCCACCGCCUCCACCUCCACCUCCUAUACCGUCUGGUGCCAAGGCUAGUCCACCACCACCUCUUAUAUCCUCUGGUGCCAAGGCUAGUCCACCACCACCUCUUAUAUCCUCUGGUGCCAAGGCUGGUCCGCCACCACCACCACCACCUCCUAUACUGUCUGGUGCCAAGGCUGGUCCGCCACCACCACCACCUCCUCUUAUACCGUCUGGUGCCAAGGCUGGUACGCCACCACCACCACCACCACCACCUCCUAUACUGUCUGGUGCCAAGGCUGGUCCGCCACCACCACCACCUCCUCUUAUACCGUCUGGUGCCAAGGCUGGUACGCCACCACCACCACCACCACCACCUCCUAUACUGUCUGGUGCCAAGGCUGGUCCGCCACCACCACCACCUCCUCUUAUACCGUCUGGUGCCAAGGCUGGUCCGCCACCACCACCACCACCACCAACUCUUAUAUCCUCUGGUGCCAAGGCUGGUUCACCACCACCAGGACCACCUCCACCUCGACCACCACCUAUUGGCUUGAAACCCCCUCGACCUGGACCACAUCCUCAAUCUGGCAGUAGUAAAACUAAGCUGAAGCCGUUCUUUUGGGACAAGGUACUGGCCAACCCUGAUCAUUCAAUGGCUUGGCACCAGAUCAAGUCCGGCUCCUUCCAGUUCAGCGAAGAGAUGAUAGAAAAUCUCUUUGGAUAUGCUCCUGCGAAUAACAAGAAUGAAGUGAAGAAAGAGUCGUCGUCCCAAGAUGCUGUGUCACAAUAUAUUAAACUAAUUGAUCCCAAGAAGUCGCAAAAUCUUGCUAUUUUACUUAAAGCUUUAAAUGUCACUACAGAAGAAGUUUGUGAUGCUCUAGAACAAGGUCACGAGCUUCCUCCGGAGCUUAUUCAAAAUCUACUAAGAAUGGCACCUACAUCUGACGAAGAACUGAAACUGAGACUUUAUGUUGGCGAGCUUUCUCUGCUGGGUCCCGCAGAGCGGUUUCUAAAAGUGUUGGUUGAUGUUCCAUUUGCAUUUAAGAGGCUAGAGUGUUUGCUUUUCAUGAGCACUCUUCAAGAAGAGAUGUCUACGCUAAAAGAAUCCUUCGCGGUUUUGGAGGCUGCAAGUUCAGAGCUGCAGCAAAGCAGAUUGUUUUUCAAGCUCUUGGAGGCCGUUCUUAAAACUGGGAAUCGUAUGAACGAUGGGACCUUCCGUGGCGGUGCGCAGGCAUUUAAGCUCGAUACACUGCUCAAGUUAGCAGACGUGAAAGGAACAGAUGGAAAAACUACACUGUUGCACUUUGUCGUCCAGGAAAUAAUCCGAUCCGAAGGCAUAAGAGCUGCUAGAGCAGCACAGGAGAGCAUAAAGUCUGAUGAUUCCUCUAAUCAACCACCGGACGAGCAUCUGAGGAGCCUCGGCCUCCAGGUGGUCUCUGGCUUGAGUAACGAGUUCGAGAAUGUCAGGAGGGCCGCUCUACUGGAUACUGACAUAUUAACAGGAACAGUAGCCAAGCUCGGCCACGCCCUUGAUAAAGCCGGGAAUAUCCUGAGAUCCGAAAUGGAGAACAUACCGCCAGAUAAUGGCUUUCACCAGGCGCUGAGGAGCUUCGUGCAGAACGCUGAGGUUGACGUGAGGUGGUUGCACGAGGAAGAGAUACGUAUAAUGGCAUUAGUAAAGAGCAGUGCAGACUACUUCCAUGGGAAAUCUGGUAAGGACGAGGGCCUGAGAUUGUUCGUCAUUGUUCGCGAUUUCCUAAUAAUAUUGGAUAAAGUAUGCAAAGAAGUGCAAGCUACGCCACCCAAAGGGCCUAAGAACAGAGAUGCAACGGUGGAUCCUCCCGAUCCACGACAGACUACUACUCCCAGCCAUUGCCGAUAGGCAAGUAGAUAUACUUGGAGUUCAGACGACGACAAACCAUAGAAAUGUAGGUAGAAAUUC